AUGGAUAAUCAAGCUGCUAUGCAAUUCGCUGAGGUGAUAGCUAAGGAGAUAGGCGUCCAAACAAAGUGGCUGAAGGAAAUGGACCUCUCGGAAGCUAGGCCUAUUCCACCAUCGGAAACAUAUAAGUCAUGUUCGAUAACAAAAGGGCCACCUCCAGCAGCCGUGGCAGCUGCCAUUGGUAGUGACUGGGUAGACUCUAUCGGCAAGUCGGUCAAACCUAUUCCGACGCUCGAGAACUAUCGAAAGGCCAUCUUCAGUUUUGGCUUUGUUUACGCUCCUCAUGAGGAGCUGGAAUGCAAGAACGACCCCCGACCUGUUAAACCCAGUAUAUUCGGUACCAAUGUCGAACGAAGAUUUCCAUUGCCACCAAAGUCGCUACAAAACACCGAGUACUAUGGUAUUACUCGAAAGUGCAAGGAUGAUUUCUACAGCACUAGUGGUGCUUUCGAUGCUGUUUUAGAGUAG